CGAAAGCUCAGCCUGGUUUUCCUAAGUUCUUUUGCACGGCCCCUGGGCUCCUUUGCCAGGCCCAGCUGCUCCCCGGUCCCCUUCUCCCUGUUUCGCACAUGAAGAUGCACUUGCAAAGGGCUCUGGUGGUCCUCUCACUGCUGAACUUUGCCACGGUCAGUCUCUCCCUCUCCACUUGUACCACCUUGGACUUUGGUCACAUCAAGAAAAAGAGAGUGGAAGCCAUUAGGGGACAGAUCCUAAGCAAGCUUCGACUCACCAGUCCCCCUGAGGCAUCAGCGUUGGCCCAUGUGCCCUACCACAUCCUAGCCCUAUAUAACAGCACCCGGGAGAUGCUGGAAGAGAUGCAGGAGGAAAAGGAGGAGAGCUGCACUCAGGAAAACACCGAGUCGGAAUACUAUGCCAAAGAAAUCCACAAGUUCGACAUGAUCCAGGGUCUUGCAGAACACAAUGAACUGAGUGUGUGUCCCAAAGGGAUUACCUCCAAGGUUUUCCGUUUCAAUGUAUCCUCAGUGGAGAAGAAUGGAACCAACCUCUUCCGAGCUGAAUUCCGAGUCUUGAGGGUGCCCAACCCCAACUCCAAACGGCACGAGCAGAGAAUUGAGCUCUUUCAGAUCCUUCGGCCGGAUGAACACAUCGCCAAACAACGCUACAUCAGUGGCAAGAACCUGCCCACUCGAGGCACAGCAGAGUGGCUGUCUUUUGAUGUUACUGACACAGUUCGGGAAUGGCUCCUGCACAGAGAGUCCAACCUGGGGCUAGAGAUCAGCAUUCAUUGUCCAUGUCAUACUUUCCAAUCUAAUGGAGACAUCUUGGAGAACAUUCAUGAGGUGAUGGAGAUCAAAUUUAAAGGUGUUGACAAUGAAGAAGACUAUGGGCGCGGAGAUCUUGGGCGGCUAAAGAAACAAAAGGAUCACCAUAAUCCUCAUUUGAUUUUAAUGAUGAUUCCUCCACAUCGCCUUGACAGUCCAGGCCAGGGAGGGCAAAGGAAGAAACGGGCUCUUGAUACCAACUACUGUUUCCGUAACUUGGAAGAGAACUGCUGUGUGCGUCCUCUCUACAUUGACUUCCGACAAGAUCUGGGCUGGAAGUGGGUCCAUGAACCUAAGGGCUACUAUGCCAACUUCUGCUCGGGUCCUUGUCCAUACCUCCGAAGUGCAGACACAACUCAUAGCACGGUGCUGGGGCUGUAUAAUACGCUGAACCCUGAAGCAUCUGCUUCACCUUGUUGUGUGCCCCAAGACCUGGAGCCUCUGACCAUUCUGUACUAUGUUGGGAGGACCCCCAAAGUGGAGCAGCUAUCCAACAUGGUGGUAAAGUCUUGUAAGUGUAGCUGAAAUGCCAGCCCUCCCUGCAACCAAGAGAGAGGGAGAGAGAAAAACAGAAACCCCAAAACCCAAUGUAACUGCUACUGCUCAACUGCUCCUAGGGAAAGAACACAAGAAGAACAGACUUCACCUAGAGAUGGGGAGACCACAACCUUCAGCCCUGGACUAAUCACGGAGACUGAGGCUCUCUUUUGGAACAUUUUCUCUUUCUUGCCUGAUAAUGACUGGUGGGAAAAAAAAAGGUGUGGGGUAGGCUAGGGCUUGAAGACCAGUGUCCCCAGAAUGCUUGGAUUUUUUGGUGAUGCUCUUUGGAUGGUGGAGAGAGGGAGGAAGAAGGCAAAUCAAGGAGUUUUGCUUUGUUAGAGUAGAGGGAAAGGGGGAGAAAGUGUAGAAAAUGCCUGUGAGGGAAUGACACUUUUGAUCUAGAGUUUAGGUUGGCUCAUCACUGUUGCCUGUCUGUCCUUCAGAAUCUGGAUUUCAUUUUCAUGAAGCCACAUAAGGCAACCAUUGUCUUUCAUACAGAUCACCCAGAAAGGGGAAACUCCCAGAACUGUACUCUUUCUGCCUGGGUUUAGGGACAGAGUUGCUACUUUUGUAGAUCGUCC